UUGCCGCUGCUUUCUCCUCUUUUUCCCUAAUCUCCCGGCGACUGUAUUCCGCACUCCUCCGGUGACCGUUCUCUGGCCCUCUCUCUCUUUUUAUUGCACCGGAAACCUGCUAAUUUCAGUUUAAUUGGCCUCUGGGUUCAUAAAUUUCACCUCAAAGCAGCUGAUUUGGCUCAUCUCCGUGCACAAAACAAGUGCUGCAUCAUAUGUGUCUUUCUGAGUACCAAAUGGAGAUUUAAGUCAUUCAUCUUGCUCUGAGGUAGGAGGUAGCAGCACCUAGAGGAUGAACAACCCUUCAGCAGGAGCAUCGUCAAAAACAAAAGUGGGGUCUUCCCAAUCAUCUGAAACUUCAUUUAAGCGCAAGCGUGGAGUGUUUCAGAAAGACUUGCAGCACAUGAUGUAUGGCUUUGGCGAUGAUCCAAAUCCUUUUCCCGAGACUGUGGCACUUGUGGAAGACAUUGUUGUGGAGUAUGUCACAGAUAUGGUCCAUAAAGCUCAAGAUAUUGCAUCAAAAAGAGGAAAGCUUCUGACUGAGGACUUUCUGUUUUUAAUUAGGAAGGACCUCCCGAAGCUUAAUCGUUGUACAGAAUUGCUGUCUAUGAAUGAAGAGUUGAAACAAGCCAGAAAAGCCUUCGAGGUUGAUGAAGAGAAAUUGGCAUCAACUGAAUGAAUUAAAGAUAGUCAAAUUCAUUUUGUCAUCGACCGGAAUUUUUUUUAUUAAAGCUCUAGAAUUGUAAAUAAACAUGAGAUUAGGCUUUGGAAAUUAUGCUUCUCCCAAGUGAUCCUGCUAAAGACGAUUCACCUGCUUGAGUGGUGUGGUUUACAGAUUCCUGCAUUUUAUUCCUCA